AAAGAGUGGGAGAAGUGAGCAGUCAUUUCCUUUCCUCUCCAGACAGCGAGUGGACAUCUUUCAAGUCGCAGCAACAGCUUUAUAGAUUUGCAAGACAUGGGACUGCUUUGCACUGCCCUCCUGAACUGGAUGAAUAUAUGAGGGAAAGUCUAACAGGCAGUAACAUUCUGUGGAGACCAAGACGACUGACGCUUUGAGGUGCCAUGCCGUGCGUCCAGACCCAGUGCGGCUCCUCUCCGCAAGGAGCCAGCCCUGCGUCUCAGGGCGCCAACGGAGAGCGAAGCUGCGACUUCCUCACCCCGGAGUUUGUCAAGUUCAGCAUGGACCUCACCAACACUGAGACUUCUGGUCCAAGCUUUGGUCCUCUGAAUGACACUUUCAGCUCUGGAUACGACGUGAAGCCUCCCUGUCUCUUCCAGAUGCCAGUGCAAGGAGAGAUCUCAUGCGUAAAGGUGGAGGAUGCGCACGGGUGUCCGAGGUAUCAGCCGAAUUCUCACCACUCAGACGAGCUGCUCUCCUCUUCUGGUUCUGUUUAUUACUAUCGUUCUCCAUCUCCACACAACAUCACGUCCAACUUCCAGACUCCUGCGGGACAUUUAUGGGAUGACUCCGGCUCUCUAUACACUUUCCGACAAGACUAUUUGGCUGCAGCGCACAGGAAAAACGCCCUUUCAAGAUUCUCGCUGUUUUCCCUGAAACAUGCGCCACACAGCGCGCACCACGUUAAAUUUGACGGGUCCCUCCACGUGUCCAUGAGCUUGGACGCGGCUGGGGCGCACCAGCCCAUGGACAGCUCUGGAGUUUUGGGGAAGCAGCCCGGAAUGGGGUUUCCUCACCAUCUCCAGCUCGCCCACAGUCACCACUUUAUGGACUACCACCAGACUUCUUCCGCACCUAGCCGAGGAGCGCUGAGCGCGGAGGGGCUGUGCGCAGUGUGCGGAGAUAACGCAGCGUGCCAGCAUUAUGGAGUGCGCACAUGUGAGGGAUGCAAGGGCUUCUUCAAGCGGACAGUGCAAAAAAAUGCCAAGUACGUGUGUUUGGCUGCCAAAAGCUGCCCUGUGGACAAACGCAGGAGGAACCGGUGCCAAUAUUGUCGCUUUCAGAAGUGCCUUGCAGUGGGAAUGGUCAAAGAAGUGGUGAGGACGGACAGUCUGAAAGGUCGAAGAGGUCGCCUGCCAUCCAAACCCAAACCCCUUCCGGACUCAUCUGCACCCAUCAGCUCCCUCCUGAGCGCCCUCAUCAGAGCACACGUGGAAUCAAACCCUCCUCCGUCUCUUCUUGACUACUUCAAAUUUAAGGAGAGUCCAGGAAGUCCUCUAGCAGACGAUGCCCAGCAUGUGAGGCAGUUUUAUGACCUCCUGACCAGAUCGAUGGAGGUGAUUCGAGGAUGGGCGCAGAAGAUCCCGGGCUUCACUUCCCUCCCUAAACAUGACCAAGACCUCCUCUUCUACUCAGCUUUCCUGGAGCUUUUUGUUUUAAGGUUGUCAUACAGGUCCAAGCCAGAGGAAGGGAAGCUGAUCUUCUGCGAUGGCUCGGUGUGGCACCGGCUGCAGUGCCUGCGGGGAUUUGGGGAGUGGAUUGACGGCAUUGUUGAAUUCUCUGCAAAUCUGCAGAGGAUGAACCUGGACGUGUCCACCUUUUCCUGCAUAUGCACACUCGCUCUAGUCACAGAGCGCCACGGACUAAAGGAGCCGAAGAAGGUGGAGGAGCUGCAGAGCAACAUUGUGAAGUGCUUGAAGGAGGGAGACAGAGGCUCAGACUCUUGGUCCGACACUUUGUCCAGACUUUUGGAAAAACUGCGUGAGCUCCGUACUCUGUGCAUCCAGGGCCUGCAGAGGAUUUUCUACCUGAAGCUGGAGGAUCUGGUGCCACCGCCUGCAAUAAUAGAUAAGUUAUUCCUCGACACGCUGCCAUUUUAGACACAGGAGAAAAAUCACAAGGGGACUUUUUUUUUUUUUUCCCAUCUGGAAAAUUUGACAUCUGUGCACUGCAUAAAAAAACAAUUUGAAGCUUAAAUUUGAGAUGUUGAAUUUAAAAAAACUUUAUUUUACUUCAUAUAUUUGGCAGCUAAAGAGCCUGUUAACAUUUUUAAUUUGUGCUUCUUAGCUUCUGUAGAUAAAGUUUUGAUACCUGUGUGUCCCUUUGAUUUUUUAAAACACUAAUAGUCAUAUAGUGAUACAGAUAAUAGGAUAAUAUAUGUUAGACCGUCGUAGUUCAAAGUGAACUUUCGUUGUCCAUGUUUUA